CCUCAGACUCCAAAUACUAUGACCCCUCAGACACCAAAUACUGGGACUCCUCAGACUCCAAAUACUAUGACCCCUCAGACACCAAAUACUGGGGCCCCUCAGUCUCCCAAUACUGAGAACCCUCAGACUCCAAAUACCGGGACCCAACAGACUCCAAAUACUGGUACACCUCAGACUCCAAAUACUGGGACUCCUCAGACUCCAAUUACCGGCACCCAACAGACUCCAAAUACUGGUACAUCUCAGACUCCAAAUACUGGGACUCCUCAGACUUCAAAUACAGGGACACCUCAGACUCCAAAUACUGGGACCCCUCAGACCCCAAAUACAAUGACCCCUCAGACUUCAAAUACAAUGACCCCUCAGACUUCAAAUACAAUGACCCCUCAGACUUCAAAUACAGGGACACCUCAGACUCCAAAUACUGGGACCCCUCAGACCCCAAAUACAAUGACCCCUCAGACUUCAAAUACAAUGACCCCUCAGACUCCAAAUACUGACACAGACCAAACACAGACUACCACUUCAGGGACCACUGAGCCUAACAUCACCACCCCUGGCAUAGAGUCUACCCCAUCACCUGCCACAGCAGGAACCAGUGGAAUAUCCACCAGCGGAACUAGUGAGACCCCACUUCCACCUUUUCACACCUCCCCUACAGGUGGAACCACUACCCAUCCAGAGUCAGCCAUCACCACGUCCCUGCCUCCACCAGUGUCCAUAGCCUGUCCAUCCACUCCCUGUCCGUUUGAUAGCCUCUGUCUCAACGGAACCUGCCAGUGUCUGUCCGGGACCUAUCUGUCACAGGGUCGCUGUUUAUCAGCACGUGUGUUCCCUGGACAGCUGCAUCUCAACCAGACAUUUAAGGCUGAAAUGAGCAACCGGUCUUCUGAGAUAUUUAUGCAGACAGCAGCCAGGAUUUCAGAAGCGCUGAGAGGAGCCUUGAAAGAGCAGCCUGGAUACAUCCAAACUGAUGUUGUGCAGCUUAGACAAGGCAGCGUGAUAGCGAUGGUGAACAACAUGUUUGAGCAGGGCUCCAACGCCACCCAGAAUAUGACGGACGCCGCCAUAGUGAAAGCCAUCAAGGAGUGUGGGACUACCUGUGGGACCGUGCUGGAGAGCGCCACAUUCACCCACACUGACCUGUGUGAACAGGUCCCCCUGCCCUGCGACAUCUAUACCACCGCGUGUUCCUUCAAGGACGGCUUUUCGACCUGCUUCUGUAAGCCGGGCUACAUCAACAGCCUCUACUCAAACAAAAGCUGUACAGCCUGUCCCAGUGGUCAAAGGGCAGAUGGAGACAUGUGUGUGCCGUGCUCCUUUGGCUACGCUGGAUUCAACUGCACUGACUCGGCUCUGCUAGCAGUGGUGGUGGUCGCCUGUGUGUUGGGCGGGGUCCUCCUCCUCCUCCUGGUAGCCCUGCUUGUAUACUACUGCUGCAGGAGGUGCGGGUCGCCGUUGGAGAAAAAGUCUUCGGCGGACUUCAACAGCCCGUACCUGGCCGAGGACUUCCGCGGCUCCUGGUCCAACGUACAGGGCAUCACCCCGAUCCCCCGGGCCAGCACCAACUGGGACCCGGCCCCCAUUGAGAUGACCGAGGGUGGUAGCAUGCACACCCUGGUUGACAAGAAGCCCCACACCAACGGAGCGGGGAUCUGCCACUUGCCUAAAUGGGAGAAAAGGACGGGUUCAUAUGACAUAACCUCAGAAAGCCUGAACACGUUCACGGGAAAGAACCCAUCUCGCUAUUCCUACUUGGUUCAAGGCCAUGAGAACCCCUACUUUGUACCUGGAGAUGAGAAGAGAACCUUGUGACAUCCUCUGUGAAUAGGAGACACAUCGGGGCUGUAUUCAUGGAGUGUCUCAGCGUGGAAGUACUGAUCUAGGAUCUGCUUAGCCUUUUUCAAUCAUAAUGAGUGAAGGGCAGACUUGAUCCCAGAUCAUUACUCAUCCUCUGAGAGGAUUUGCCAGUAAUUAAGGUAUUUGAGUUGACAGAAAGAAGGCAACCGGCAAAUUCUCAAAUUGAGAAGUCACACUGAGAAUCUCUGGGUAUACAUAAAUUCUGUCACCGUCUCUGUUCUUAACUGUGUUCACCUUAUGUGUGUUUCUUUUAGUCAUGACUACAUGCCAGCAACGACAGCAGAAUCGGGCCUUCAGGGCUUUCGUCCCAGACGUUUCUUUGCCCAGCUCUUAGGUUUUUUUCUGGAGUGGUAUUUGCUGAGCUCGGAAGGUUUCGCCAAACGUAGAUGGUGUCAUUUACGAUCGCUACCAUGAUCGUUGAGUGUUCUGAAAGUCUGGUGACUGAAAUCUGCGCUAAACUGUACCUUUAAUCAUGAAGUCAGAGUGAAACAUGCCCUAUAAUGUAGAUGUUUAUUUUAUAUAUUCCAUAACUUCAGUGCAUCAUGGUGCAAUGACUUUACUAUUUUUAAAUAUAUCUGACUGAAAUCAAGUCUUCAAAUUAGCUAUAGGAUUCAGAAAAAUCUGAGUUCAAACCUUCAAUGACUUUAUUAGAUUCCAAUUAAUUUACUGACCUCACCAAAGAGGAUUGUGUUUCCUUCCUGGUUAUAACCUUAAUCCUAAUCUGCAACAUAGAAAGUAAUUAUGAACAAUGUCUUUUUUUAAUAUAUUUCAUGCUAUGUUUUAUUUAUGUCUGUUAUUGAAUGCAGAGCUAAGACAAGCUUAUCAUAACCAGAAGGUGUCGCCAUUGUUCAGGUUCAAGCUUUCCCUGUUCCAUUUGCUACAGCAGGUCUGCCCAUCCCUGAUCUUGGUGAUCCAUCCUGUAGGUAGUUUUGCUUCAGUAUGUGUUGUCAAAGAGAUUACUUAUAUGUUAACUUGAAGAUCAAUUUUACGUUAUCCACUGUGUUGUGUCUGCUCUUACAAUCAUCACUCUCCUUUUGUUCUGAUUCAUCCCUUUUUGAUUGCACUAAAUUACAUUUUUUUAUCAUGUGAUUUUUAUGAGUGAGGGGGAAUCCUGGACACUUUUUGACUGAGAUUCAAUGUUUUUUUCUGGAUUGUUCCUAUAGGAUUGAUUAUGUCAUGAAGGGAACUGUGUGAAUGGUUCAAGGGGCUGGCUCCCUGACUCAGGGGUUUAUAAAGGGAAAUAUUGUGUAACUCUGCCGUCUUUUAGUCUGGUCUGGAGCUGGGUGGGACAUUGCCAUUUAAUGUAGUCAAGUGGGUGGGACAUUGAACCUAAUCAUUCCCGAUUACCCUGUUUGACACAAUUCCAGCCAAUGAUGUCCUACCGGGUAGACUGCAUCAGAAUGGCAGAUGCCUACAACAGGCAUUGUCCACGCUUAAACAGUUUUUGGCACCGAGACCUGUAACCUUCUCUAGCAUUGCCAGAAUCUACGGUCACAUUCCUCUGCUCAGAAGUCACACACAUCAACUAGUAGCUACGUGUCCUGUCAUCGACCGCGUAAUUGGCUGACGGAUAGCUACAAUAUGACAUGCGGUGUGUGUUGUAGCUGCUUCUGAGCCGAGGAACGGGCCUUCGCCUGACUGUGUAGUAGAAGUAGAUCCCCCAUUGGAGUUGUCUGUGUCUGCAACCGUGCCUGUUUCAGUUCAACCCCUCGGAAAAAACAGAAAACAUUAUGCAAAAACGCUCAUUACCAGGCUUUAGUCUUGGAUGUGCCAAUUUCCAGUGUCUGUACGAGUCUUCUGUGUGUUAGUGUGAGCGUGUGAAACGGUGCACUUUUUUCUAAAUGUGUACAUAUAAUUGUUUUGUAAAUUAACUGUCUUUCUGCAGAGAAGGAAGGUUGAUGAAAAUAAAAACGUUAUUUUAACCACA